AUGGCAGCUAUCCUUGAUGUCGCGAAUCUGGAGGAAAGAUGGGCAAUUUGUAAAGUCGAGGACGACCGGAAAUCUGCCUUGAUCGGCGUGAGUCUGAACAAAUUGAUGCAAUCAUUUGGGUGGAUGCUGAUUUACUUGGCGCAGGACUUGUUCAAUCACGUUGAGACGCUCACUCGCAAACUCGCUGAAGCUGAGCAGAGCCUGGAAGAGAAGAACAUUUACAUCAAGUCUGUGAAACAGAGUGGCGCUGAAAUGAAGCUACAGAUUAAUCAGCUUCAGUCCGAGAAGGAUAAAUACUCCUUUUCUUUUGUGGUCAUCGACGGCGAUUGUAUGCCGUUCACCGAUGAACUCAUUACUCAAGGAUUUGAGGGUGGCAAGAAAGCAGCAGGAAUGCUGCGUCAAACCAUCUUGGACCAGUUGCCUGAGUUGGACCCUGACAUGCCACACCAUUCUCAAGUGAUGAUCCGAGUAUACGCCAACCUCAAGGGUCUUGCCAAAGUUUACCAUGAUACCCAGAUUUUGAAAAAUGUGGAAACCCUGAACGACUUCGUGAGAGGCUUCAAUAGGGGAUCAUAUCUCUGUGAUUUUGUUGAUGCUGGUAACGGCAAAGAAUGCGCGGAUGAGAAGGUUAAAGCCCGAAGCGAAGCAAAAUCCUACUGA